AUGUGUUCUAGAUCAUUUUCACCCGCAACGGAAAUUCCUCACCUCCAAGGCAAAGUGAUCAUCGUGACCGGAGGCAACAACGGUCUAGGCAAACAAGCCAUCCUCGAAUAUGCACGCCACGGUCCUGCCGAAAUAUGGAUGGCGUCCCGAAACCCCGACAAAGCAAAUGAAGCGAUCCGAGAAAUCCACGCCCAAGUGGGCGGAAGCAUUCUACCCGUCAUCAAGCCCCUUCAACUAGACCUCAACUCCCUAGACUCUGUCCAACAAGCAGCACGUCGAUUCUUAUCUGAGGCGCGACGUCUCGACAUCCUGAUGCUCAACGCUGGGAUAAUGGCAUGCCCACCUGCUGUCACAAAAGACGGCUACGAAGUCCAAUUCGGUACAAACCAUCUCGGCCACGCUCUAUUCGCAAAGCUGCUCCUUCCAAUUCUGAAAAGUACCGCAGCCAGUGACCCUUUUGCCGACGUCCGCGUCGUCGUUGUAUCUUCUGGCGCUCAUUCAGGUGCUCCUAAGGCAGGCGUCGUCUUUGAAUCCCUCAAGACGCCUGCGGAGCAGAUGGGCGGCAUGGAGCGCUAUGGCCAGAGUAAAACUGCCAGCAUUCUCUGGACGCGCCACAUGGCGCAAAUGCACCGGGACAUCAAGUGGGCGUCUAUACACCCGGGUGUCGUGAACACGGGCUUGCAAGCAGGCGCCGAUGGUGCGUCGCUGCCUGUUCGCGUGCUGUUGAAGGUCGGUAAGCCGCUUAUGAUGACGGUGGAGAAAGGCGCAUGGAAUCAGCUGUGGGCGUCAGUGUCAUCGGAGGUGAAGAGCGGCGAGUACUACGAGCCUGUUGGUGUUGCAGGUAAAGCGACUGAACAAGCAAAGGACAUGUGGUUGGCGGAGAAGGUGGGUCGUUGGACAGAUGUUGAGCUUCAGCGAUUUAUGUUUUAG